AGGUACACACAGUCGCACACCAUACCCCACAUACACGUUUUAGCUUAUUAGCACCGUUCACCUCCUCGUCUCCGCUAAUCCCCGCCCCACACAGCGGCCGAUUUUUCUUCAUUUUCAGUUAGUCAUCUCCAUAUUUUUCUACAGCCAGAGAACGAUGGUUGGAAGCGCAACGAUGUCGUCCGAGGAAUCUGUGCUUUACGGAAAAUCGACGGAGCAUCUGACCAUAGCGGACGGGGAAUCUUUCGAUCCGGCGGCGGUGGUGGCGGAACCGGUGCCGCAGGUUGUCCAAUCGAACGGUGAGGUUGGGGAGAAGGUGCGGGAGAUAGUUCUGGGGAGGAAUGUGCACACCAUGUCGCUGGAGGUGACGGAGCCAGAAGCGGACGACGACUCCACCGGCGAUAAGGACGCGUACAUGGCCAGUGUUCUGGCGAGGUACCGCAAGACGCUCAUGGAGCGUACCAAGCACCAUUUAGGUGGUGCUUCAAAGUUAGAAAGAGAUGUUUUAUAUUUUAAUUUUUUGAGCACUUCAAGGAAAAAUCUUUUUUGUAAGGUUGGAUGUGGGCUGGCAUUGAUAAUUAAUGCUUUUUCUAGUUUGCAUCCAAUGCAUUUCUCAAUUAACAACCUUGGAGAUCCUUUCAUUGAAAGCAAUUAUGGCGUGCACUCGAGACAAUUUGAAGUGGGUGUUCUGGAUUGGUUUGCCCGCCUUUGGGAAAUUGAAAAGAAUGAUUACUGGGGAUACAUAACAAACUGUGGAACUGAGGGAAACCUUCACGGCAUCCUUGUUGGGAGAGAGGUGUUUCCCGAUGGAAUUUUAUAUGCUUCGAAGGAGUCCCAUUACUCUGUGUUCAAAGCUGCAAGAAUGUACAGAAUGGACUGUGUAAAAGUUGCAACUUUGAUCACUGGAGAGAUUGACUGCACGGAUUUUAAAAACGCGCUUCUUUCUAAUAAGGAUAAACCAGCUAUCAUCAAUGUCAACAUCGGAACUACUGUGAAAGGGGCUGUUGAUGAUCUCGAUCUUGUUAUACAGACACUCGAGGAAUGUGGAUUUUCUCACGAUAGGUUCUACAUCCAUUGUGAUGGCGCCCUUUUCGGGCUUAUGAUGCCCUUUGUAAAAAAGGCCCCGAAAGUCUCGUUCAUGAAGCCCAUCGGCAGCGUCAGCGUGUCGGGCCACAAGUUCGUGGGCUGCCCCAUGCCUUGUGGGGUCCAGCUCACCCGCCUCAAACACAUCAACUCCCUCUCGAGCAACGUGGAAUACCUCGCCUCCCGAGACGCCACAAUCAUGGGCAGCCGAAACGGUCACGCCCCAAUCUUCCUCUGGUACACUCUCAACCGCAAGGGCUACAAAGGCUUCCAGAAGGAAGUCCAGAAAUGCCUUCGAAACGCGCAUUAUCUCAAAGACCAUCUCAUUCAGGCGGGUAUUAGUGCCAUGCUCAACGAGCUCAGCAGUACAGUUGUUUUCGAGAGGCCUUGUGAUGAGGAGUUUGUGCGGCGUUGGCAGCUGGCGUGCGAGGGGAAUAUGGCUCAUGUGGUUGUGAUGCCGAGUGUGACGGUUGAGAAAUUGGAUCGUUUUCUGAGUGAGUUGAUUGAGGGGAGAUUGGUUUGGUAUAGGGAUGGGAGUGCUCGGCCGCCGUGCCUGGCGGAGGAUAUUGGGAGGGAGAACUGUUGUUGUGAUGCCCACAAGUGAAGAGAUAUAUGAGGAGAUAUAAGUAGCAGUAGUAUUGGGUAGGGAUAUUAUUAAGUGGAUGGUGGCGAGUGUAGGUUCAUAGACUUUUGCUAUUCAAUGUGUGUUGUUUGAUUGUUCACCUGAAUUUGAUAUGUAUCAACUUUAUACUUUAGUUUGCUGGCUGGGAGGACUUUGUUCUAGUUUUAGUGUGUUUAGUUCUAGUUGGUGUUUGUGUUAAUUUUUUUUUGGCCUCUCAUUUGGGCAGUAGUGAUGUUCUUUAUUCUAUUUAUGGGAGUUCAAUUUCUUCACUUGUGGAAGCUUACAUUACUACUUUUAUAGUUUGUGAGUGUGGUUAGUAUAAUAGUUUCUAUGCUACAGGCGUUCUCGUCGCAUAGUCUUCUCUCUGAAUUCGGCUAAACCUCUCUGAAUUCAGCUAAACAGCUGAAAGUCGAUUGGUUGCCGUUUGUAAUUAU